AAAAGAACACAGCCGCGCAGUUUGUCAGCCUCAUAUUUCCAACAACAAGGUUAUAUGCAGGGAUUCAAGCUAGGAGAAAUAUAUGGAUACAUUUCUCCUUUUUCGAUUUUUACAGUUUUCAAGUAGAAAUACCUAAAUAGACAGACUACAACAUUUCUUUCCACCAUAUCCGACGAAAUGGCAGACAAACCAAGCAGCCUCCUCCUAACGUCUACGUCGAUGAUCGUCGCCACCAGCAUAGUAACCUUUUUAUCGGGCUUCAUAUUCGGCGUAUACUCGAUCCGCGGCUACUUACUAGUCUCGCCGUCCCUAGCCUCCGAACGACGAAGCAAUAUCGACGACCCAGUAGAGAGCGAUGAGUCCGAUAUAGACGACGACACUAUCCUUGACCAUGCACCUAACUGGGCGAACGGCGAGGAUGCCGACCAACGAGAUGGGUUGAAGAUGCCCAAACAGAAGAAGUCUAAGAAGAAGGCCACCAAGGCAGAAAAUAAAGAAGAUAAAGCCAGCGCCAGUCCACGACAACCCCUAGCCGACGCACCCGCAAACGAGGAGUGCAAGCUAGUCCUAGUCGUACGGACGGAUCUAGGCAUGACAAAAGGCAAAAUCGCAGCGCAAUGCUCCCACGCCACCCUCGCAUGCUACAAAACCCUAACCAAAGCCGCAACCCGCAACCCCACAUCCCCCGAAGCCAAGCUCCUGCAACGAUGGGAGCGCCGCGGUCAAGCCAAGAUCGCCGUACAAGUGAAAUCCGAAGACGAGCUGUUAGAGCUAAUGGGCAAGGCGCGGAGUCUAGGAAUAACCGCCGAGGUGAUCCAAGACGCCGGGCGCACGCAGAUCGACCCGGGUAGCUUGACGGUGCUUGGUGUCGGGCCGGCGCCCAAGAGCUUGGUAGAUCGGGUUACGGGAGGACUCAAGCUGUUAUAGUGCGGUCUUAGGAUAUGGAUUAAUAGGCAGAAUGGCGGCAUGGUCGGUAAAUAAUGCGGGCAUGGCAAGGCAAAGCAUAUAGACAUGGGCACGAUAGAGCGCAACGGAUCACGAAAAUGUAUCUACAGACGGCAUGUUUAAAAAAAACAGCCAACAAUGAACUUGAAGAUUUAUAUUGAUAUCUUUUUGGGGAGUUUCUCGUUG